UAAAAAAAAACAUGUACAAAUGCCAAAUCCUCAUACUGGUCAUGUGUAGGGAGUUGCUAAUAUACGUGAACGCGGAUAGUUUAGGUUCUAUAGUUGAUUCUCCUUCUUCAUUUAGGCCACGUAGAAGUUAUCCCCCUGUCGUAGAUUCAGGAACCCAUCUUCGAACCCAGGAUAAAGUAAGUUCGAUCGAUACACAUCAGGGCCCGACAGAUGCUGGUAAUAAUUCUCCUCAUCCACAACAUCAAAAUCCAAGUAAUGCCAGACAACGUUCUCCCCCUAAUACAAGUGGCAAAGACGCCUCUAAGAAGCAAUUAGCAAAUGAUCCGCGCAGCCCUCAGGGUCAUAUUAAAUUCGACAAGCCAAGACAUUCUGGCCUAAUCGGUGAUAGAAAUAGAAACAGACGCAAGUACAGUUCCUUAGGUCAUCGCCAUUUUCUCAUAAAUCCUAACUCUAAUCCUAACAUAAUGCGUCAUCAAAAUCAAGUGGGAAGACGAGUGGUAAAUGCCCCACAACAAAGUUUUCAAUGGGAAUACCCCGGCAUGGUCGGCCCUGGACCGGGUUCACCCUACGCAAUGGGGGAUAAUUCUGGAGGUCUAAUAUCGGCGAAUAAUGACCAGAUACCAUUUUUCACCGGUGGCGGAGGUGGAUAUGGCGGAUUCGGAAGCUCGGUAGGAGGAGGAUACAACGGUGGGAGUGGUGGAUAUAGUGGAGGAUUUAAUCAAGGAUACGGAGGAGGAGGUGGUGGAUACGGUGGAAAUGUCGGAAAUAAUAAACAACCAAUAACUCAACCCACUAAGAAGCAAACGACGACUCAGUCCAAAAAAUGGACUACUUCCAGAUCCAAAAAAUGGACUACUUCCAGAUCCAAAAAGCAAGUAACUAUGAAUAUGAAGAAGGAAACAUCUUCCGUAAGGCAACCUAGGAGAUACCCUCCGCGUAUAAGGAUAAACGAUAAUUUUCCACCUAGACUCACACCCGGCAUAGAUCAAGAUUUAGGACAUCUGUGCAAGAGAGGCGAGCCUUUAUUGAAUAUCAUUUGCGGGCCCAGUGAAGGCAUGUGUCCCAUCAAUUACGAAUGCGAUAUGCGGAGAGGCUUGGACGAAUUCGGAAAGUGUUGUUUAAGAGAGGACUUAUGUCCAGAUCAAACUUUAGCCUUAUCACGUGGAGUUUGUAGGACUAACACCUCGUCCAAUGACUGUCCACCCAAUUUCAGGUGUAUACCUAUAGCCCUAAAUUUCGGAGUCGUCAAUAUGUGUUGCAAUGCCAUGAAGCCGGGUACCUGCCCCAGUGUCAUAAUUCAGGAUCAAUUCACUUCCACCGUAAACUAUACCAUCCCAUUAUUCAAUUCUUCUACUGCAAAUCCUUUGAUAGCCGUGGUAGCCAUAACUAUACCCAUUCCUAGCUGCGCCGGAUCUUGCAUCCAUGAUUUCUCUUGCCCGGGGAUGCAAAAAUGUUGCCAGGGUAGUAAUGGCUGUCCCAUCUGUACUAGCCCUAAUUUCCCCCAGAGCGCGUUAGAACCUACUGCUCAUAUAUCUGGAACAAGAUCUAACAUGGCCGAUUUUAAUCCACUUUCAAAUAGGUUUUUUAGGCAGAGGUCGGUUAUCGGCGAUAACGGCAAGAAUUCAGGAAUAGGAAAUUUUAUGGUGCCCGGUAACAAAGAUUCGUCAUUUAGAGAUGGUUUAAUGAGGAGUGGAAGAUUGGGAAAUCUAGCAAGAUUUUCGAGUAGAACCCGAGGUAUGCCAUUGAUGGAAGGAUUGUAUUACGAUGACGAAGAGGAAAUAAAGGGAAAAAAUAAUGAAUAUUCGAAUGUUUCGCAGAAGGAGCGGGUAGUCAGACGAAACCUAGCUCACAGCGAUAGAAGAGACAGGAAAAAUAAAAUGGCAUCGCAAGUUGAAAAUGGAGCUCAAUCCGCUUCUAAUCCCGUAAUGAUGACGGGCUUAUUUGGGGGCCAAUCAGCUGCCAUAAAGUCUGAUCCACAGAAAAAUUUCGAUCAAACGGCUUAUCAAUUCGCCGCCGAUAUGGCCUCAAUGCUCAAAUCUAAGGACGAACUCCAUAGAAGGGGAAAACUGAACGAUGAAGGUUCUAUUUUCGUGCCUGGAGACCAAGCAGCCAUGGUUGAUGGGAUUUCCGGAUAUGAAAGCGAACAGAUGAAUUUAAAUUUGCAACCAGAAUGGAUUUCAGCCCUAUUUUCGAAUUUAUCGGGGAAAACGGGCACCGGAAACAAGAAUAUUGAUACAGGACUCAAUACAAAUGGAGGGGACUAUAGCGGGGUGAAUGGAAAUUUCAUAGGAAUCAAACCCAGCUAUUUCAGCAAUUAUCAGAAUGAAGAGCCCCUUAUAAGAGUUUCAGAAACUAAGAUCGAUUUAGAAUCUCCCGAUUCUCAAAAUAUGUUGAAUGGCAAUUCCGAAUUAGAUGGUUCUGAUUCGAAUAAUCCAUAUUUCAACCCUCAUUACGAUCCAUACCAGGGCGGCGCUGAUAGGAUGAUUCAAAACGACCCCCAAAUAUCUUCCAAUAAUCCGUCCAUGCCAUCUUUAUCUAUGUAUGGGAUCGGAUCUAUGGCGGGAGGUGCUCAGCCCGGAAAUCAAAUGCGAACCAUAGGCUCUUACCCGUCGGCCUACAAUUCGUACAACUUACCUCCCAGAUACUCCGCAGCGGAGAAGUACCCUUCUAAUCCCGCGCAACUCGUCGAGGCCUACAAAGGCCAACAUUUACCGAUAGCCCUGCAAAUAAAGGCGAACGAAAUGAGGCUUAAAUCCAAAGACAGAAAAUUGGACGAAUUAGGACAAAAACUCGAUCGCGAUAAUGAAGACCAAGUAAAUUCGGCCGGGGAUGAAUACGCUAACGACGCUUUAUUCGGACUGGUUACCAAGAAGAUGUACAAAUCCAGGAUUAAGUCAACUAUGGAUCCGAUCCAAUUUUUGCUUCCCUUCAUAAUGCACAUGAAGGACAAAAAAUUCGAGCACCAUAAAAUGAAUCAACCCAUCUUGCUCAAGGGAUGA